AUGGAGCUACUCGACAAUGAGACAGCCACGUUGUUGCGGCCAAAGUCCCAAACAGAGUUGGACUUCAUGGUCAAACGAUUCCGUUCGCAAGCUGAAGUCUUCGAAGACAGACCUCUGUCAUGGGACCGAGAGAUUUGGCGCCGGCGCGCCCAUGAACCCAAACAAAACGUACCUGCGGAUUUUGAUGCGUUCGAGAAGCUGAUUCUCCACAUGGAGAAUCUAUUCGAAAAGGAACAAUUGAUCCAGGACUGGGCUGCGAAAGCAGGACGGGACCUGCGGCACCUGGUCGGACCAGUCAAGAUCGACCUUAAAGUAGGUCACUCGACAAAACCAAAAGAUGCAACAGGCUUCUGCCUCAUAUGUUGUUCAAUCAGCACUGUGGAUCUACCUAGAGUGCAGAUUCUGCGCGCGGACGGAACGCACGAAGAGGUGAAAUCGUUAGAGGAUACUAUUAUCUUUCCUCCUGGAGGCAUGCUCCGAAGCAUUGAGGGCAACCGCAAGAUGCAGUUUGUUGGUUUCGGUUUCGUUCUCCAUGAGAAAGCGGCCGUUACCGACAUCACUAUGUAG